CAGUAGUUCUCCGCCCACCAGCUCAGAGAGAAGACGCUGUGGAGACCGACGCUCGAUCCUCAUACAAACAUAUGGCCAAAACAGCCGUCUUCCUUUCUUUCAUCGUUGUGUCCACUACUCUUUAAAAAUUCCGCCGAAAAAGAGAAGACGAUUUUCCAAAACCUUCUGGCCGUUAUCUCACGGCUCCCCUGUCUCUGCACAGGUGUAUGAGCGAUAUCCAGAGGACCUAGGGGCGGCUCUUUACCGGGAGAACUUCGACUUCAACGCAGAGCCGCCUUGGGAUCCUAGCUGAUAGCGGGACAGGUCCAUCUCCUGACUUGUCCAUUUUGUUGCAUACCGGCAGGACCCAUUGGCUCAGUCGUGACCCCUUGACUCGUUUAUCUGUUCUUUAUGAUUGUCGGAUUAGCGGAAUACGGUUGAGAUGAAAGGACUCGCUGACAAACCAAACUACAUAAUUGAGCUCCUGGAGGGAGGAGUGACCCUGGAAGAUGUUAUUGACGGACACAUCUGUGAACAGACUCUGGUGGAGAAAAAUGCUUUUGCGGUGGGUGACCUCGGUGCCCUGAUGCGACAGCAUGCGUGCUGGCAGAGCGUGGUGCCACGGCUGCAGCCUUACUACCCGGUCAAGUGCAACAGCAGCCCUGCUGUCAUCGAGGUGCUGGCUUCCCUGGGCCUGGGCUUCGUUUGUGCCAGCAAGGCUGAGCUGAGUCUGGUACUCGAGCACGGCGUGCCGCCAGAAAACAUCCUUCUGUUGGGUGUUUUUAAGCAACUGACACUCAUCAAGCAUGCUGCUAAGAACAACGUCCAACAUCUCGUGUGUGAAAGCGAGGCAGAACUGUCAAAGAUUGCCCGUCUGCACCCAAAUGCAAAGUUGCUGCUGCAGUUGGCCACUGAGGCCCACGCCGCUGAGACCAGCAUGGCUUUUGGUUCCUCUCUGAAGAGCUGUCGGCACCUGCUGGAGGCGGCCAAGGAGCUGGGCCUGGAGGUGGUGGGAGUCACCUUCCACGUCCCCAGCUCCUGUCAGGACCUGCAACAGGCGUACACACGCUCACUGUCAGACGCCCGCUGUGUCUUCGAUAUGGGGGUGGAUCUGGGCUUCAAUAUGAACAUCCUGGACAUUGGUGGUGGUUUCACUGGCUCAGAGAGUCAGCUCACACAGGUUGAGUCUGCUGUCAGGCCGCUUCUCGAUGCUUACUUCCCCCAACUGUCUGGUGUGCAAGUAUUGGCCCAGCCGGGCAGCUUCUAUGUAGCCUCAGCUUUCAGCCUGGCUGUCAGUGUCGUCGGCAAGACGGUGGUGACUCCUCACCUGGACAGCCUCGCCCCAGGCGAGAACAAUGAGGAUACGGAGUUCCUGUACCACAUGAAUGAAGGUGUUUAUGGUCCAUUCAGCUGCAAGCUUCUGGGAAGCUCCAUCACCGCCCCGUCAGUGCACAAGCAUGCGCUGUGUGCCGAGGAGGCCGUGUAUCCCAGCAGCCUGUGGGGCCCGUCCCUGGACCAGCUGGACCAAGUGGUGGAGCGCUGCCUGCUGCCGGAGCUGAGCGUGGGAGACUGGCUGCUCUUCUCCAACAUGGGAGUGUGCGGCCUGGACGAGUUCAGCUGUCUGUCCAGCUCCUCCCAGCUGCCCGUCUACUACACCGUCUCCACCCCUGACUGGUACGAGAUGCAGGAGGCCGGUGUGGCACUGGACAGUGCCGUGAAGAAUUUCUCCAUGCUGCAGUACAGUGCGUAACUACCCCGGGCCCCUGCCUCGUCCUGUACCGGGCAAAUCCUCCUCUCCUCUGCUCUCACCGUGUCAGAGGAGAGGCCGGCCUGGUAUUUGGGACAAGAGGCUAAAUGUGGUCAACAUUCCAGCCACCUUGAAAAAAAAAAGCAGUGUCCUGUUAUUUCUUCCGCAAUUUGACCUAUUUUUUUUUUUUACCUCCACAAAUGAGGAAACAGUCGGUUGUUUGAUACCUCAAAAUGUUCCUGGGAGAUAACCCCAGGCUUGCUCCUCCCUCUCUGUGAAGGACUUUAAAACUUGUCAGCUAAAAAGAACUCCAGCCCAAGCUCAAAUGACAUUAUGCAACAAAAUGGACGACUCUGUGGAGAUGGCGCCGCCCGACAUCGCCCGGGCGGUUUGUUUCCUCAAUAAAAUUCAGUUUACAAAUCCAACAAUUGAUUUAAAUCAAUGGAAUCAUGUACUAUCGAUUUUACCUGUUGACAGUUGUGUGAAUCCUGUGUCUGUUUUUAACAACUGCACCACCACCGUUUGUCUGUAGAUGAUUUUUGAAGUGUUUAAAGGAUUGCUCUGUGUGGAUUCUAUCAUUCAGACCACUUUGCGUAGUUGAAAUUAUGACAGUGAUGUAACCUAUUUCUUUAUCACAGUUCACCUCAAUGCAUUUCUAUUUAUUGGAUCAGCUAUUACCGGGGCGUAUUCAAAGCUCCACUUUAAGUGUGUUUCGCACAGAUAUUUUUUUUGCUGUGGCCCUUCCAAACAGUGUUUUCCUCAAAAGAUAUUGAUGUUUUGUUUUGUUUUUGUUUUUAAAUGCUACAUGGAUUUACAUGUACUGUGUGACAUUGCCAUUUGUGACCACAGUGGUUUCUCUUCACUCAAAUGGCGCGUAGAUUCUCUUCAGGCUGCGCCGUAGCUUGAAUAUGGAGAAGUGUCAUACUAACUCAUCGCUCGCCUCUUAACAUAGAGAGGCUUAAUCUGGUUAAAAAUGCACAAAGUCUUUUGUAGUU